AUGGUAAGAGGUCUGUCCCUAGGCACCGGUUUGGUCAUCUUUGUAUCGUCUCUUUCUGAGACGCUGCUAGAAAUAUCACAAUACCACAAAGAACCGCCCUCUGGACCCGUCUACGGAUACCGCUACGGAUGGUGCUUUUUCACCGCGGGGGUCGCCUUCAUAAUGACCAACAUGGCGGCCGUUUUCUCCAUAUCUGGCUAUCUUAAUAGGUUCUCCACUGUUGACGAAAUGGUACGUCAAAUGGUACCAGGAGCAGAAAGAAAACUUCUAGAACAUCAUCAGAUGUCAAGUGAUUAUUUACAACCGAUCAUGCCAACAUCCCUCCAAUACGAUCCUUAUGAGACAGAGGGACCCAACUAUGAAACAGAAACUGGAUCGAUGAUGACGAAGACGCCCCCUGACGUCUGCUCUACGAACAAAUGUCCAGAUUAUAUUUUAGAACAUAGGGAACAGACUUGUAUAAUCCCAAACGUAGCUGAGCCCACCCUCUCAGUAGCUCAAACCCUUGCUGGGCAGACUGUACCCAUCACCAUCAAAAGCCAUAAUUCCACAGCUCCGCUUUCCUUUUCAAACCUGCCAAUGAAAUAUGGCACUCUGCAUUUCGACCAUUCAGCUAGUAAUACCCUUCAUCAAGGUUUCUUGGGGGUAUCCGAUUUGGGGAGUUCAAGCAGUACGAGCUCGAGUGGAUAUUGCGGUCGGAGCAAAACCUUGCAGCAUGCGAAAAAUAGAAAGAAGUGUGCUACGAAAAUAGAGACUUUUCAUGUGCCAGAAACAAAUUUUUCAGACUUUGGUAAACGAACUACCACUGAUUUUAGUUUUUCCGGGAGUGCCGUGUGACAGGACACGAUGACUGAUCUUGUGUAAACUAUAUCAAAAAUAAGUUUUAUAACUAUAUUUAUUUGUUUGAUAUCAAUAUCUCAAAAUGCAUUAUACACCUUAAUUUAUAACAUUCAAAUAUUUUCCUCGUCAUCGAGAAACAAUUUGAUAUAAUCAAUUUACAUUUAAACUACUUUAAAAUUUUAGUCCAUUAAAAUGUUACAUUUUUUAGGCCGUACCUUACAUUUCUUAGAGGAGUCAAUUUUAUUUCUUUAAUGUAUAGGGGGGAUCAGUAGAAGCUUAAGUUCAAGUUUUUGGGGUCGCCAUCCUUGUCCCCCGGUCGCCAUCUUGGAAAUGGGGUGCAAAGGGGUUUCGCGCUAUAUCUCGUAAACUACCAACUCUACGGAAAAUCUAAUUAAAUAUAAAAUAUAGCAAAUUAAAUUCUCCACAAUUUUGUUUCUAUUACUUUUUAUCGUAAAGUGACCAACAAAAAAGAUAUAACCAAAAAUAUGUAAAUUUUUUUAACAAGUUUCCUUUUGGAUCUUAUAACUUUUUUUCAGUUCAUUUUAAAAUAAAAUAACAUUUUAGCAAUUUUGUAGAGUAUUUUUCAGUGAACAAUUUCUACUAUAAAGUUAUUUAAUUCUAUUUAUUUAUAUAGGUUUUACAGCGCUCCAAACUUGACCAGAUUCUCGAAUGCUCAUAGGGAUACAAUAAAAACAAAAGUUAGGCUUACUUUUCUAUCUAUAUAUAUUUUUUAUUCAUACAAUUUAUUAUGAUUUUAACAUUCCUAUGCUAUUAUUAAUCUGUUUUUGACCUAUCUUCCCACUAUAAAAGUUAUAACUCUAAGCAUAUAUAGAAAAGGCCCAAGAAGUUUUUUGAGGACAAAUUCGCCGCUUCAGAAGAAGAAUGACGCAACCGCAAAAUGCAAAAUUCUUAAUCAGAGCAAAAAAAAGAUUUUUGAUAUCAAAAUCAUAAAGUAUGAUAAAAAUUAGCCAUUCACCACACCGUGGUCAGGAUCUCGAGAUAUAAGCGUUUUUUGGGGUGUGCCGCUUGUAUAUGA